GGAGCAGCCAAAAAUCGAGAGGCUCGGACGUGUUUGAGUUUUUAUUUGGAGAUGCUCUUUUCGUGUUAUUGAAAAAAAGGGAUGUGAUGAAAUCGGAAUACCGACCCCAGCCCUGAUAUGAAUAACGAGACUGAGGCCGAGCUGUUAUGCGGCCAUUACGGCAACUGCAGCGAAGUGACCAUCCAUGACGACAUCAUAUUCGACAAUAUUGUCCAAUCGAUUUUCUGCGUGCUGUACACGUCCAUCUUUGUGCUGGGCCUUUUUGGCAACGUGCUCGUCUGCUACGUCGUCGGGCGCAACAAGGCAAUGCACACGGUCACAAACUGUUUCAUCUCGAACCUUGCACUUUCGGACAUCAUGCUCUGCAUACUAGCCGUCCCUUUCACUCCCCUUUACACCUUUUUAGAAUGAAUAAUGAAUGACCUGAGGAGGAGUAAUAUCGACGCAGUGUUAAUUAUGAUGAAACCUUUGAACUAAUAGCGAUUAAGAAAAUCGUUAUGAUACAACAACAAGGUAAACUA